CUCACACUGUACCGGCAACAUGGCAUACUCGCUCAUCGUCCUUGCUGCCGUAGUGACCGUCGCUAGGGGCGGAAUCGUGGGCGCCCCCGCUCUUUUGGCCCCUGGAGUCCCCUUCGCUGGAGCACUUGCCAGCCCUGCAGUCGCCAGGGUCGCCGCUCCCCUUGCCUACGCCGCUCCAGCGGUCGCAAAGGUAGCCGCCCCCGUGGCUGUCGACACCGACUACGACCCCAACCCCCAGUACAGCUACGCUUACGACAUCCAGGACGCUCUGACCGGAGACUCCAAGGGACAGCAGGAGACCCGCAACGGAGACGUCGUCCAGGGCAGCUACAACCUGGUGGAGCCUGACGGCACCCGUCGUAUCGUCGAGUACACCGCUGACCCCGUCAACGGAUUCAACGCCGUCGUGCACCGUGAACCCGCCGUGGUCGCAGCCCCUGUCGCAAAGGUCGCCGCCCCAUUGGCGCGAGUUGCAGCUCCGUUGAGUGUUGCUGCACCCAUCGCUCGUUACGCAGCUGCCGCCCCAGCUUUGAGCUACGCCGCCCCCAUCGCCAGGGCUGCCAUUGCCGCACCCGCUAUCAGCUACGCCGCCCCCAUCGCCAGGGCUGCCAUUGCCGCACCCGCUCUCAGCUACGCCGCCCCAAUCGCUAGGGCUGCAUUUGCUGCCCCCGCUCUCAGCUACGCCGCGCCCAUCCCUAGGGCUGCAAUUGCGGCCCCCGCUCUUAGUUACGCCGCCCCCAUCGCUGCCGCUCCAAUUGCUAAGGCUGCAAUUGCCGCCCCCUCUCUGAGUUACGCUGCGGGCUACAUCGGCAAUGCUGUGCACACCACAUACAGCGGGCCUUACGCUAGCUACGCUUACUAGAAGAGCGUGCUUCUGUAAUGAAAUGCCGUGCACACCA